CUUCUUCUUCUUCUUCUUGCAAGACCCCCCACACUCUCAGUGAUUGCCAGUGGCAGAUAUGACGGUGGAGAAGAUCGUCGGUGAGGUGUACUUUGACGCGGAGAAUGAUGAUGGCGAGUCGGAGAUCAAUAUCAUCAAGGAUUGGGAUGAUCGGGAGGAGGCGAGGGUGAGGACAAAAAUCGACAUCAUCCUCAUCCCCAUCCUCGCCCUCGCCUUUUUCGGCCUGCAAGUCGACCGCGGCAACAUCAGCGCCGCCCUCACCUCCACGAUCACCGAAGACCUGGGCAUCACCACCAACCAAGUCAACAUUGGCACGCAGCUGCUCUCCGCCGGCAUCGUCAUCACCGAGAUCCCCUCCAACAUCAUCCUGCAGCGCCUCGGGCCGCAGGUGUGGCUGUCCGCGCAGCUGGUCGCCUGGGGUCUGGUCGGCACGUUUCAGGCGUUCGUGAAGACGUAUCCGGCUUUUCUGGCGACGAGGUUGCUUUUGGGGAUGUUGGAGGGGGGGUUUAUUCCUGGCGCGUUGUAUUACCUCUCGACAUGGUAUAAAAAGUCCGAGAUCAGUUUCCGCACAACGCUGUUCUUCUACGGGCAGAUGUUCGCCGGCGCGACGUCGAGUUUGAUCUCCGCUGGACUGUUGAAGCUGUCCGGGAAGGGCGGAUUAGCUGGAUGGCAGUGGAUUUUCCUAAUCGAGGGCCUGAUCACCCUUUUCGCAGCCGUGCUGUUCAUCUCGCUCAUCCCCCGCAAAGCCGGCGACGGCAGCCCCCUGAUCAGCAUGGGCCGCUGGAGCUACUUCUCCCCCCGCGAGAAACACAUCAUCCUGGACCGCGUGCUGCUCGACGACCCCCUCAAGACCCGCGAGCAUAUCCGCAUCACCGGCGGCGAUAUCUGGAAGACCGUCUCGCAAUCCACCACCCUGCAGCACUGCAUGAUCACCCUGGUGGCCAUGUCUGCUUUGCAGGGAUUAAACACCUACACGCCCAGCAUGAUCAAGUUGUUUGGGUUCAGCGCUGUGCGCGCGAAUGCGCUGGCUUCAGUGCCGGUGUAUGCGAGUAUCGUGUUGACUACGCUUUUGGGUUAUCUCUCAUCUAGUGACAAAACGGGCCACCGCGGUCCCUUCGUCUUGCUGUCCAUCACAUGGACCGUCAUAACCUACACCGUUCUCAAAACCAGCCCGACAGACGCCUCCAGCUGGCACAAGUACGCGGUGAUUGCCAUCGCCAAUGUCGCGUAUUGCAGCAUGCACAUCCUCAACGUCGGCUGGCUCUCCUUCUACUGCAAAACUCCCCAAGAGCGGAGCGUGUCCAUGGCCCUAAUCGUCAUGGCCGCCAACCUCUCCGGAAUCUCCGGCUCGCAAAUCUUCCGCACCUCCGACGCACCGCUCUAUGAGCACGGGCUUACAGCCAUCUGCGCUCUGGCGGGCGCGUCGUGGGCGCUGGCGUUAAUCUUGAACCUGCAGUAUCUGUUUCGGAGGAAGAGGGCGGAUAAAGCGGCGGCUUAG